UUCCUCCCGGGAGCAGAGGGGCGGGCCUCGCCUUAGCCACGCCUUCUCCGCCCGCGUGUUCUGCCCGGCCGUGCCCACGUGAAGCUGCUGGCGGGUCCAGCGAUGGCCGCGCCCGACCCAGGACUGGCCUUUGAGCUCAACAUUCCUUUCCCGUCGUUGCUGCUGGCCCGGAUCGCUCUGGGCUCUCUCUCCCCGGAUCCUGAGCCCCGUAAAGGAGGAAUCAGCAAGGAACUGAGCGUGACCGAGAAUGUUUUGCACGUGCGCUGGAAAGCAGAGGAGGCCCGAAUCCUGCGUGUUUCUGUCAGUUCUUUUUUGGACCAUCUCUCCUUGGUGGUGGAGACGAUGGAGCUCUUUGGGCCUCCUGUGGCUUGAGAAGCUCCAGAAAAAGAUGGAAUUCCGAAUGGCCUCGGUUGGACACAGAACUAUCCCAGAGUUCACUGAUGCUGAAGGAAGCACGAGGCCGUCUGCCUUUGAAGCCAGGUUGAUAAAAGCAGGUGUUUCCACUGAUGUGCAGGAAAACUGGCACACUUUGUGAACUGGCCAGCCCAGGACUGCCUUAGCGUAAAAUAACUCCGAUCUGGAGCCACCUGUGCGACUUAUUUUCUUGUCUGUGGUGUGUUUAUGGUGAAUUGGAAUGGUUGGUUUUGAUUCAUGAGUUGAAUCUGUCAAGUUAUAUAUAAGCAAAGCCUUAAUAAAGAUUAUUUUUGAGA